CGACGACAGUUUUCUUACGACUUUCUCUUACGCUUUACGGCAGCGAUUCCACAUGGUCGCUCGUGUUGUGAGCUCGCCGGAGUUUUAAAUCAGAUCGGAAUUGGCAUUUAACUUCAAGUGUAGCCCAAAAACAUUAAAACAUGGGAAAGACUAAAAACAACAAAUUCAAGCGGCCGUCGUUUUCGCCCGAUGGUCUUUCAGCAGCUCCUGUUAAACAGACUGGUGAAGAAUCAGAAGAUGAAGACUCUCCGGCAGCGGAGCUACUCGAUAAAUUGCAGAGUCCAUCAGCUGAUGUGCGGGAGUACGCGUGUGCCAGUAUCUCUCGUGUUGUACAGCAGAGUCAGACGAUCCCAGGAUUCCUCCAGAGAGAUGCAGUCAGGAAAAUAGGACCUUUACUGCUGGAUCGCAGUCUGGCGGUCAGAGAGACUGCUGCUGGAGCACUCAGGAAUCUUAGUGCCUGUGGAGGCCCUGAAGUAUGUGAGGACAUGGUGAGACAGGAUGCACUGACUCCUCUGUCUGCUCUUCUGAGGGAGUGCUGUGCUGGCUUUGACGUGAGCUCCUCUCCUGCUGUCAAAGGACAGAAACACACAGUGGAAGACGUCGCCAAUGAGGCUGUAAACUUGCUUUGGAACCUCUGUGAGAGCAGCAGCACAGCUGUGUCUGUGUUUAACAAGGCUGGACUUCUAGAUGUUCUUCUACGCUGUCUACAGAGACAUCCUCAGAAUAUGGAGCUGGGAAUAUCAGCAGCCCAUUGCUUACACACAGUAACAGAAGAGAAUGCAGAGCUGGUGCGCAGUGUGAAUGCAGCAGUAUUUGGGGUCUUGGAAAACAUUCUCUCCUCCACGCACACCAGUAUGGAAUACACUCUUCUGCGAACCCUGGCUGCAGGCUCCUUAUGGAAUCUAAAAAAUGGUCUGUCUUCAGCACAGCAGUCUCAGACACUGACUGCGCUGGCCACCACUCUCUCACACAGCCUCAGUCUGGAUGCAGGAGAGCUCAUUCCAGAGCUGUGGCGUGCUGAAUCUGCCCGUCUGUCUAAAGAGACAACAUCUGCAGCAGAGUCAGAUCACACAGACGAACGACCCGGAGGUCACGAGGCUGAAGAGAUGGAGGAGGACGUGAGAGAUGAGAAGAUGAAUGGAAGAAAAUCUAAUGGAAAAAUGUCAAAAACAAAAAAUGACAUCUCAGAUCUGUUGCCUAGAGACAGACUGGAGUUGCGAGAGGCCAAAGCACUGCUAUCAGCACAGCAGACGUCGCUGGAAAUCAUCGUCAACAUGUGCUGCUCCGAUGAGCCCUCAGAUGAUGAGUGGGAGGAGAUGUCCAGCAGCGAUGAGAGCGAGAUGUGUGCUGAUGGGAUGUCAGACACUAAUUCCAGCUUGUUCUCUCCUCUCUGUCUGUCUGCUGAACUUCACACAACCCUGCUCAACCACAACAUACCUCAACAGGUCUUAAAGAAGGCAGAGUUCCCCAGUGCUGCUGCCCUUGAGAUCUGUAGCAAGGACCCUUGGAAAAACCUCUUGAAAAAGAUGCACCGGGUGCAGUGUCGAGCACUGACGUGUCUCCAUAAUAUCCUUUCCUCUAUGGAUACAGAAUCUCUUGGUGGGGCUUCAGGCCUACAGGCCGUGGCUCAGCACCUCUCAUCGCUGGUCUUCAGCUCAGCAGAGGCAUUAAAGGAUGAGGAGUUCCUGGAGGCUGUGACCAGUGCUCUUCGUUCUCUACUGCAGAUCAUGGCUACCAAAAACAUCCCUCAGUGCAUGACUCCGCACCAGCUAAUGAGUUUUUGUGAGGCUGCCACCAGCUGUGAGCUGGUCAGUGUGAGAGUUAAUGCUCUGGCCAUUCUCGGUAUCACAGGAAGCUCUCUUGCCAAAGAGAAAAACACAGCAGAAACUUUACAGUUGAUUGGAAAUGCAUUAUUGAAUAUCGCAAUGAAGGACUCAAACCUGGUAGUUUGCGGGGAGGCGCUGGAUGCCCUCUUCGACGUGUUUGCGGAUGGCGACGAAGCAGAGAAAGCUGGAAAAAAUAUUAACCUGCUUUCAUCUCUCAAAGCCCUUCAGCCAGGGUUCAGGGCUAAGCUGCGAAAAGAAGGCAGAGGAAAAUACAGCCCUGAUCAGCUUUGUGUUUUGGACAACAUAAGGAUCAACCUGAAGAGAUUCAUCAGCUACUUGGAGGACCUGCAGAGAAAAUGAGAUAGCAGAGAUCACUAGCACAAUUUCUCUGUAAACAUCUCACCUCGUUUUAUUUAGCAUUUUCUGUCCAUACUCCUCUCUGGUUUUCUUUUGAUUUUAUUGUAAUGUGAGAGUGUUUAUGUGAGGAAAUUAAGAUAAAAAAUAAUGUUUGUAAAACCAAACAUAUAUAAGUGCUUUAAUUAAAGCAUAAAAUAUCAUAAUGGUCUCUUGUUGUGGUUAAGUAUUAGGGUGAGCAUUUAGAUUAAACUGAAAAGGGUGAGUUAAUCAAUGUCAUCCAGUCCCAUAACGGAUUCUCUUUGAAUAUUCUGGCUUUUGACCUUCUGGUAAGACUUGUCCUUGUCCUCAGUGAGAUCAUCUGUAAAAUUAUGAUGGAUCAUUGCCCAGGGGUUUCUUUAUAAAAACUGCUAUGUUGCUAUGCUUUCCCUCUCACACCCGGUCCAUAAUAAUGCAACAACAACAAAUGCCUUUGAUGUAACAUUUUAUGGCCCACUGCGGCAGUAGAUUAUCAGAUUUUUAUGAGUUGUAUUAGAUCCCUCAUAAACCUGUCAACGGAGAAAAAAAACUUUGUCCUGUAGAUGUUACGUUAAUGUUUUGAUAACUUAAUAUGUGUCAUAUAUAUAUACAUAUAUAAUCUAAUUUAUUCCUGCGAUUUCAAAGCUGAAUUUUUAGCAUCAUUACUAUUAUUCUAUUAUUAUUUUAAAUUAUUGUUGAAAACAGCUGAGUAGAUUUUUUCAGGUUUCUUUUAUGAAUAGAAAUUUCAGAAAAACAGCAUUUAUCUGAAAUAGAAAUCUUUUGUAACAUUAUAAACGUCUUUAUCGUCACUUUUAAAUAAUUUAAAACAUCUUUGCUAAAUAAAAUUAUUCAUUUCUAUAAUUUCUUUCCUUACCCAAAAAUUAUACUGACUCCAAGCUUUUGAAUGGUAUAGUGUAUAAUGUUACAAAAACUAUAUUUCAGAUAAAUGCUGAUCUUUAUAUUCAUCAACGAAUUCUGAAAAAUAAAAAGAUGUACUCAACUUUUCAAUAUUGAUGAUAAUAAUAAUAAAAAAAAAAUUCUCAAACAACAAAUCAGCAUAUUAGAAUGAUUUCUGAAAGAUCAUGCAACGCUGAAGACUGGAGUAAUGAUGCUGAAAAUUUAGCUUUGAUCAUAGGAAUAAAUUACAUAAAAUGUAUUCAAAUAGCAAGUAGGGUUUUUUUAACAGUAAAAAUAUUUCAUAUUAGUUUUAGUUUGUUUUGGAUCAAAUAAAUGCAGGCCUGGUGAGCAGAAUAAAAAAAUUAUCU